GAAGUUGCAAAGCAACAGCUCACCUUCCACCUCAACGCUGCUGAAAGGGAUCGCAAGCCGAACGGCCAGUUGCACUUCCACUGGCAGGAGGAGACCUCGAUGAAGAAGGAGCUGCACUCCUUUAACAAGUACGUUGGCUUUGCCAUGGCGAGCCGGGUCUGGGAUCAGGGCGAGCUGGUUCACCGCCUCUGGCAGAACUUUCAGGUCCCCAGCGGGGUCAAGCUCGAAGGAGGAGGUCACUUCGUCGACUUGGAGCAAUGCUUCAGGGAAGUCGGC